UGUUGCUAUUUCGAAACGAGGCUAUUACAUAAUUCAUUUCUUCCUCGAUAAAACAGGCCAUCAAAAAACAAUAACAAAAACAUGGUGCUUGUGAAUGUAAUGGCGCGUUUAUUAUAUUUACUUUGUUAGGGAUCGUUGAUUUGAAUAUUGAAGAUCCAAAUGGCACAGUCUCCUGUUUUACCGAUUAUCCCAAACACAGAGUUUGUGGAACAUUUUAUAGACAGCUUAGAAAACUUACCUCUAGAUAUACAACGCCAUGUUUCUCAGUUACGUGAAUACGAUGUAUUGUAUAGAACAAAGCUAGAACAAAUAGGACGUUGGUUAUGUAUGUAUCGAAAGGAAGAUACUAGUCAGGAAAAAAGGAAGUUCUUAACAAAAAUACAAAAGUGUCUUAUCAAAUCACAGCAAUUUGGUGACGAGAAAUUGAACAUUAUUUCCCAAAUAGUUGACUUGGUUGAAGCACGCGCGCAGUUAGUCUCCAAAGAAGCGGAAAGUAUCGAUAUGGAACAUAAAGAUGACAUUAAGAACACUGUUUCUAACACCCAUCGUGUAAAACUGGAAAAAUCUAAAAAUAUGCAGAGUAAUGAAAAACUGGUCAAGAGUAUUUAUGAAAAGCCUAAGCGCAUGCGGAGAGUACGUACCAUAGAAAAAUUGCAGGAGAAAAAUGACAAAAGCAGUACUAGUCCUCGCCAUACAGCCAAGGAGAACGGUCAGGACGAUGAGGACGUUGAAAUGGAAGAAGAAGAAGAGGAGGAAGUUGAAAUGCGACAAAGAAAGGAUACAAAGAAAAAACAAGAUAAAACGAAAGACAAAGAUAAAAUAAAGGAAGAUAAAGAAGAAAAGAAAGUUGAACGGAAUAACAAAGCUGGCAAAGUAACAAAAAAGAACAAUAAUAAACAAACUAAAGUAAAGAAGAAGAAAAAGAAGGAGAGAGAAACAACGCUGGAUGAUUUGCCUGUCGAUCCGGAUGAGCCGGUAUAUUGCGUAUGUAAUAGUAUCUCAUACGGCGAUAUGAUUGGCUGUGAUAAUGAGGAAUGCCAAAUCGAGUGGUUCCAUUUCGGGUGCGUUAAUUUGACGCACAAGCCUAAAGGAAAAUGGUAUUGCCCGCAUUGCACGAUAGAAAGAAAGGAAAAGAACAAAAAGUAAACUUUUGAUCGCUUUUUUUGUACAUACAAAAAUGCUUCUUUCAAGCAAACACUCCUCGAAACAAA